GGUAUCAUCAUCGACCAUAAUAAUAUCAUUUAUAGUGUACCUAACAAACCAUUAUCUCUCGCUUUAUCUUUCUUUGUUUCACUAUCUUCCGAGGAAUAAAAAGCUAGCAUUUGACAAAUCAAUAAGUAAACCAUUAAACAAACCAAAGAAAACAGUGAGAGGGCGAUGCAUUACCACGGCUGCUGCUGCGGACGGUGUAGAGUAUCGACGUCUCCGUUGCCGGUAAUAGUCAUGAUCACGGUGGCCCUCGUCCUCUUAGCCCUUUCCUCCGUCGUUAAAUUCGAAGUUGCUGUCUCCUCAGGCGAAGAUGUGCUGAGUUGGCUCCUCCUAGCCGCGGUUCCAUUGGCUCUGCUCUUCGCCGUGAGAUGUCUCUCUUGUCUUGAAACGUCAAAGCGAUCUACUUACUACUGUCCCUGCGGUCGCUGGAGAUGCGUUUGCUACUACUAGUUCUGAUCUCGUGGUUAGUGUUGUUGGGUUUGCGUUUAUGUAAAUAAAUGAUUUCGUAUAUUUUUAGGUAUUCUUGAUGUUUACGUGAAGCAAAUAUGUGUGACGUGAAGCACCGAUUUAGGUGGAUUUGACGAACGUGAUUGGUUACAAUAUUCAAUUUUAACC